AUGAACCCGUCAGAUCACACGACCAAAAAGCAAAAGAAAACCAAACCUAACAUGUUUCAAAUCUUCCAAUAUCAAUAUUUGAGUAAUAUUCAAUUUUAAGUGCUCUCUAGAAACCCAGCCCUCACAAACCCAUAAAGAAUCAUUCCUACCUACCAAUUCAAAUUACACUUCAACCAAACUCAAACUUAAUCAAAUUGUCUAAAAUACAUCCAUCAAUAAGAGUACUAGAGCAUCCCACAAAGUCAAACUCUCAAUGUCAAACUUUCAAGAUGAUGAACAGACAAUUGGUCGAAUCAGUGCCACAGUCAAAGAAGCAAGAUCAAUUCUGGAAGAAAAUGAACAGCCACAACAAAUACAACGUGAUCACCUACAAUAAAUUGUCUACAUUCAAUCCAAAAUUAGAACCUACUUGGUUAAGAAGAGAGUGGCCCCUUUAAAAAAGACUCACAAAUACAGAUAUAGAAAACAAGUAUUGAAUGAAUUGCUUGCAACCGAAGAAAUCUAUUGCUCAGCACUCAAAACUAUGAUCCAUUCCUAUUUGAAACCCUUGUCUGAUUCCAAGGGCAUCCUUUCCUCAAGUGAAAUCAAAGGACUCUUCUCCAAUAUUCAAUCUAUCUACAUGCUAUCACAAGAAACACUCAUCAUCUUCAAAGACCUCCAAAAAGAUUACCAUCAAGAAUAUCAGAAUGCCAUCAAACAGCUGCUCUCACAUGCCAACUUCUUUAAAAUAUACCAAGAUUAUUUAAUUAAUUACGCAAAUGCCAUCAAAUUACAAACCAAUCUCAGACACAACAAUAAACAGUAUAAAUCAUUUCUAGAUUAAGCAGAUAAGAAAAAUCUUGGUAAGACUUUAGAAAACUAUUACUUAAUUUUGCCAGUCUAAAGAAUCCCUAAAUAUGUUCUCCUAUUUAAGGAUUACCUCAAAAAUCUAAACCAAGAAAAUCAAGACUACCCCAAAUUCCAAAAGAUCCUCCAAGAAUUCGAAGCAGUUGCUAACCAAAAUAACAAAGCCAUGGACAAUUUGUUAUCAAAACAAUAAAUUUUUGAAUUGCAAUAACAAUAUGGCAAACAUGUCAAAAUUUUGGAACUGAACAGGUAAUUCCUAAAAGAAGAAUCCCUUUAAAUGUAUUUCACAAUAGAAAGUGAAGUUCGACCUGUCAUCGUCUACUUUUUCUCCGAUCUAAUAUUAAUCACAGAAAGAGAUCAAAUCAAACAGGGUCAAGUAUUUAGAACCUUCAUUACUCUAAACCAUCUUAGUCAAUGCAAUAAAAUGGCUGAAAUGUAUAACUAUAAGUUCUUGUAUUAAAUUAAUGGAUCAGACAACCAUGUAACCUUUGUUGUCUAGAGUCAAGACUCUGAAAAAGAUCUUAAAGAACAAAUAGAGUUCGUUAAUGGAAUCAUACAACAACUCUAAGAGAAGAAAGAUAGAAGAAACAAAUUAAUUUAAGAAAUCAAACCAGAUUAUGUACCUUAGGAUGAAUAGAAUGCUCAGUAAAAUUUUGUGGUCACUGUUUAAAUCUAGGGAACUCAGGAAUUACUUGACAAUUCCAACAAAAAGUUUACGAGAUAUGUCUUUGAAAUUGUGAUUAAUAAUAUCAUCACCCAACAAAUCUAUUUGAGAUUUAGCUAAUUCAAAACAACCAUGGAAUUUGCCAAAUCCAAGUUUCCCAAUAUCAAAAUACCUGAAAUCAAGGAAAAUACCUACUUUGAUAGGAAUGAAGCCCUUGUGGUUGAUGUAACUAAUUUUAUUUUUAAGUUUAGAGAAGAAAACUCUUAAUGACUGAAUUCUUACUAUUACUACUCAAUUCUAAAGACUUUAAAGCAGAAAACCAGUAUUAAAAAUAAAUACUCAAUCAACUUGGCCUCCACGAGAACUUUUACAGUCUCUUAAGAAAACUAAAAGAAGAAAAAGAAAGAGAAUCAACUAAUCUAUCUGUCUUAAACUUCAGAGGAAACAAAAAACCAUUAACUACACUCAUCGAAAACAGCUUCAAAUAAGCAAGUUUCAGAAAGUUUGAUUAAUCCAAUGUUACUACCAUCUAGACCUAAGUGAGUACUCCAAGAGGCCCUGUUAAGCCCAUGGGUGAUUUAUUUAGAUAGAUACAAUAGACUGCCACUAAGAAUGAGGUGUAGUAGCAAUCUGAAAUUUCAGAGUAACCAUAAGAGUAAAAGCAAAACAUCAAAGGCUUAAGAGCCUCCAGUAUGAUAAAUAGUCGUAAAGUUUCUGCUUCCUAGUUACUUGCUGCAGAUACUAGAUGUAAUUCACGAUAGGGAUCAAUGAUUGUCUAAGGGGAGGGAAACCUGUAAUUAGUUAAGAUAAAAGUGCUAAUAUUCAAAAAUUUCAAGCCCAUUGAGUAGGAGUACCAAAUAUGUAGAGAAACAGAUGCUGAGCAAUUAAGAGAUGAAGUAGCAGCAGACAUCUAACUUUAAUAUUCAUAUGAUUUUAAGUUGUAUCUCCUUGAUGAUUAGAUGUUGAAACCAUUGGAUAAAGAUGAAAAAUUAUGGAACUUAUUGAUCAAAACAGAUGAAACCAAGGGACUGUUCAAAAAAGCUUAAAAUUAACCUCAAUAUAAUUAGAAAUUGUUAUAAUUGCGAAAAUACCUGUAUGUAAACUGUGAGGAAGAGACUGAAUUCUGUAAGUGUGAUUUGGUCAGAUUGACAAUUGUUAGUUAUUAAUUAUUUGAUGAUAUUACCAAUUAGAGAUUGAUUUUGGAAUAAAAAAAUCAUGUUAUUUGUGCAGCAUUAUAUCUAAUUUUAAAUAAAUUCAAAAAGAUAGAUAAAAACAAUAUCCCAUUUAAUGAAAUAAAAAAAGUAAGUAUUAAUUUUAAUUAUUCUCUUAGCUGAUUCCUCAUUAAAUCUUUAAAUAUAUCCAAUAAGAAACAUGGGUUAACUUCUUACCAACUAUAUUUGAUAAUUUCUACACUUUGGUUAUGAAUGAAUAUACAGAAGAUUAAAAGAAAGAAAACCAAAAGUCAAAAUAGAAUUAAGAUUCUGAAAAAAAUGCAAAUCACGAAGAACCCAACAAUCAAAUUACAGAGUCAGACAUUUCAGACAAUUUGACCGUUCUUAAGACUGAAGCUCACUAUGCCAUGUUAAUCUUUUUGGAUAUCCUGAAAUCCACUAAAUUCUUUGGUGUCACUAAUUUUAAAGUUCAAAGCGAUAAGGAGACCCUAAUGUAUUUGUAUGAAUUGAGUAAACAAUAUUGGGAAGAAAAGAAAAAACAAAAUAAAUUUUCAUCCUCUUAUAUUAUUGAUGAUUGUCGUACAUGGUCAUCUUUUUAUUUGUGUAUAAACUAUAAAUGCAUCACUUUUCUCAAGCAACUUAAUUCCCAACUUGAAAUCCUUGAACUUGAUUAUGAAGAAAUCGAGUAGAUCAGUUCACUCCAAAAGAAUUUGGGAAUUUAUAUUUUCAAUCCCUUGACUAACAAUUAUGGCAUUCAAAUCAAUAAGAAAGUUUGUUUAAACUUUGAAACUGAAAAGAGUUAUUAAAUUAAAUAGUUGAUAUAGACCUAUGAUUAAAUGUAAAUGGAAAAUAGAUAAGCAUAAGAGCUGCAAUGUGAUGAGGAGUAAAAUUUUAAUGAGUUUUAAUGA